AUGUAUACAACAUGUGAGUGCAUUAAACGAAACGGCCUACAGGACAAAUGCCCCCGAUCUAUGUGUCAAGGUCGCUCGGCAUGUAUGUGUUUCCCAACGCCAAACUGCUGUCCAGCUGCAUUUCCUUUACGGUAUGCGAAUAUGACAAUGGGUUGCAAUAAGCGAGCUCGUUGCCCCGGUCAAGGAGGAUGCUGUCCACCGCCCUCACCUUGCUGUCCAGCACCUUGCAGUGGUUGUCCAGAUCCUUGCGGAGCACCAGCACCAGUACCUUGUUCACCAUCACCGCAAUGCUGUCCUCCAAUGCCUGAGUCUGGCAUACCAGAUCCACGUAUUUGGAAUGUUUGCAACACACCACCAUCUUACCCAUGCGAAUUCGUUUGUCCGAGUCGUUAUUUAAAACGCAUUAAGGAAUGCUGCAACUAUCCAUGUCCAUGUCUGGGCCAUUGCUACAACACUCCCCCAAAACCAUGUUGUUAG